CUUGAGCAGGGCAUCAGUAUGAUUUUUCGACGCAGCAUCAAUUCAACUAAGUGCUGACGAUGACGAAAAUUUUCGUAAAGUGUUUUCUGCUAGUGGCAGUGGUAGUUUAUGGUGUUAAGUGUCGACCGAAAGACCACAACCAUUCGUUUAACUACAGAGAAUUCGCACUAGCCGAUCUAGAUGGAUUACAAUCCGACGAUCUCUCAAAGAGUCAACGAAAAGACGUUGAGAAUUUGAAAAAGGAUAUAAAUGAAGCUUUCGAUAAAUGUGAAAAGCUUCAUGAACUGACCAAUCAGUUUUGGGUGUACAAAAAGUGCUCUGGUGAAACUUUUGGUAAAGUUAUGGAAAAAGUGAAGAAGUUAAAGCAUAAAAUUGAAAAAAAUAAUAAUGUAGGCAAAGAAGAUGAUUCUGACUCUGAUGAGUCAAAGGAAAAAGAAAUAGUUAAACAAGAUUCAAACGAAGAUACAUCCAAGGAAAAUAAGUCCAAAGAAAAGGAUUCCAAGGAGGACAAAUCUAAGGAUAAGAAUUCCAAGGAAGACAAAUCAAAGGAAAAGCAAAAAGAUAAAGACUCCAAGGAAAAACAGAAAGAUAAUGAUUCAAAAGACAAGGAAUCACAUGAGAAAGAAUCCAAGGAAAAAGAAUCGAAUGAAUCAAAGGAUAAGAAUUCCAAUAAUCAACAUAAUCACAAUCAUAACAAUAAUCACAACCACAACCACAACCAUAACCAUAACAAUAACCAUAACAAUAAACCAACUACCCUAUCACCCCGUCCAACACCAACUGAUGGACCCGGCAUUACUCAAGGAUCAACAUCUGGGCCUGGAGCAACUCAAGGGCCAACUGAUGGACAUGGAUCCACUCAUGCUCCAACAGAUGCGCCUGUUGGAACACAAGCACCAUCAUCUGAAGCUCCUGUGGUGACUCAAGGUCCGGGAGUUACACAAGGACCAUCAUCUGAAGCUCCUGUGGGAACUGAAGCUCCAGGUAACACACAAGCGCCAUCAUCUGAAGCUCCUGUCGUGACUGAAGGUCCGGGAGUUACACAAGAACCAUCAUCUGAAGCUCCUGUCGUGACUGAAGCUCCUGGAAAUACACAAGCACCAUCAUCUGAAGCUCCUGUAGUGACUGAUGGUCCAGGAGUUACACAAGCACCAUCAUCUGAAGCUCCUGUUGGAACACAAGCACCAUCAUCUGAAGCUCCUGUAGUGACUGAUGGUCCAGGAGUUACACAAGCACCAUCAUCUGAAGCUCCUGUUGGAACACAAGCACCAUCAUCUGAAGCUCCUGUUGGAACACAAGCACCAUCAUCUGAAGCUCCUGUGGUGACUGAAGGUCCUGCAGUUACACAAGCACCAUCAUCUGAAGCUCCUGUGGGAACUGAAGGUCCUGCAGUUACACAAGCACCAUCAUCUGAAGCUCCUGUGGGAACUGAAGGUCCUGGAGUUACACAAGCACCAUCAUCUGAAGCUCCUGUGGGAACUGAAGCUCCAGGUAAUACACAAGCGCCAUCAUCAGAAGCUCCUGUCGUGACUGAAGGUCCGGGAGUUACACAAGGACCAUCUACUGAAGCUCCUGUGGUGACUGAAGGUCCUAUGGGAACUGAAGCUCCUGGAAAUACACAAGCACCAUCAUCUGAAGCUCCUGUAGUGACUGAUGGUCCAGAAGUUACACAAGCACCAUCAUCUGAAGCUCCUGUUGGAACACAAGCACCAUCAUCUGAAGCUCCUGUUGGAACACAAGCACCAUCAUCUGAAGCUCCUGUGGUGACUGAAGGUCCUGGAGUUACACAAGCACCAUCAUCUGAAGCUCCUGUGGGAACUGAAGCUCCUGUUGUGACUGAAGCUCCUGCUGGAACACAAGCACCAUCGUCUGAAGCUCCUGUAGUGACUGAAGCUCCUGUUGUGACUGAAGCUCCAGCUGGAACACAAGCACCAUCAUCUGAAGCUCAUGUGGUAACUGAAGCUCCUGUUGUGACUGAAGCUCCUGCUGGAACACAAGCACCAUCAUCUGAAGCUCCUGUAGUGACUGAAGCUCCUGUUGUGACUGAAGCUCCCGCUGGAACACAAGCACCAUCAUCUGAAGCUCCUGUAGUGACUGAAGCUCCUGUUGUGACUGAAGUUCCUGCUGGAACACAAGCACCAUCAUCUGAAGCUCAUGUGGUAACUGAAGCUCCUGUUGUGACUGAAGCUCCUGCUGGAACACAAGCACCAUCAUCUGAAGCUCCUGUAGUGACUGAAGCUCCUGUUGUGACUGAAGCUCCCGCUGGAACACAAGCACCAUCAUCUGAAGCUCCUGUAGUGACUGAAGCUCCUGUUGUGACUGAAGUUCCUGCUGGAACACAAGCACCAUCAUCUGAAGCUCCUGUAGUGACUGAAGCUCCUGUUGUGACUGAAGCUCCUGCUGGAACACAAGCACCAUCAUCUGAAGCUCCUGUAGUGACUGAAGCUCCUGUUGUGACUGAAGCUCCAGCUGGAACACAAGCACCAUCAUCUGAAGCUCCUGUAGUGACUGAAGCUCCUGUUGUGACUGAAGCUCCUGCUGGAACACAAGCACCAUCAUCUGAAGCUCCUGUGGUGACUGAAGCUCCUGCUGGAACACAAGCACCAUCAUCUGAAGCUCCUUUUGUGACUGAAGCUCCUGCUGGAACACAAGCACCAUCAUCUGAAGCUCCUGUUGUGACUGAAGCUCCUGCUGGAACACAAGCACCAUCAUCUGAAGCUCCUGUAGUGACUGAAGCUCCUGUUGUGACUGAAGCUCCAGCUGGAACACAAGCACCAUCAUCUGAAGCUCCUGUUGUGACUGAAGCUCCUGCUGGAACACAAGCACCAUCAUCUGAAGCUCCUGUAGUGACUGAAGCACCUGUUGUGACUGAAGCUCCUGCUGGAACACAAGCACCAUCAUCUGAAGCUCCUGUAGUGACUGAAGCACCUGUUGUGACUGAAGCUCCUGCUGGAACACAAGCACCAUCAUCUGAAGCUCCUGUGGUGACUGAAGCUCCUGUGGUAACUGAAGCUCCUGUUGUGACUGAAGCUCCUGCUGGAACACAAGCACCAUCAUCUGAAGCUCCUGUUGUGACUGAAGCUCCUGCUGGAACACAAGCACCAUCAUCUGAAGCUCCUGUGGUGACUGAAGCUCCUGCUGGAACACAAGCACCAUCAUCUGAAGCUCCUGUUGUGACUGAAGCUCCUGCUGGAACACAAGCACCAUCAUCUGAAGCUCCUGUGGUGACUGAAGCUCCUGUGGUAACUGAAGCUCCUGUUGUGACUGAAGCUCCUGCUGGAACACAAGCACCAUCAUCUGAAGCUCCUGUUGUGACUGAAGCUCCUGCUGGAACACAAGCACCAGCAUCUGAAGCUCCUGUAGUGACUGAAGCUCCUGUUGUGACUGAAGCUCCUGCUGGAACACAAGCACCAUCAUCUGAAGCUCCUGUGGUAACUGAAGCUCCUGUUGUGACUGAAGCUCCUGCUGGAACACAAGCACCAUCAUCUGAAGCUCCUGUUGUGACUGAAGCUCCUGCUGGAACACAAGCACCAGCAUCUGAAGCUCCUGUAGUGACUGAAGCUCCUGUUGUGACUGAAGCUCCAGCUGGAACACAAGCACCAUCAUCUGAAGCUCCUGUGGUAACUGAAGCUCCUGUUGUGACUGAAGCUCCUGCUGGAACACAAGCACCAUCAUCUGAAGCUCCUGUAGUGACUGAAGCUCCUGUUGUGACUGAAGCUCCAGCUGGAACACAAGCACCAUCAUCUGAAGCUCCUGUUGUGACUGAAGCUCCUGCUGGAACACAAGCACCAUCAUCUGAAGCUCCUGUAGUGACUGAAGCUCCUGUUGUGACUGAAGCUCCAGCUGGAACACAAGCACCAUCAUCUGAAGCUCCUGUAGUGACUGAAGCUCCUGUAGUGACUGAAGCUCCUGUUGUGACUGAAGCUCCAGCUGGAACACAAGCACCAUCAUCUGAAGCUCCUGUUGUGACUGAAGCUCCUGCUGGAACACAAGCACCAUCAUCUGAAGCUCCUGUAGUGACUGAAGCUCCUGUUGUGACUGAAGCUCCAGCUGGAACACAAGCACCAUCAUCUGAAGCUCCUGUAGUGACUGAAGCUCCUGUAGUGACUGAAGCUCCUGUUGUGACUGAAGCUCCAGCUGGAACACAAGCACCAUCAUCUGAAGCUCCUGUUGUGACUGAAGCUCCUGUUGUGACUGAAGCUCCAGCUGGAACACAAGCACCAUCAUCUGAAGCUCCUGUUGUGACUGAAGCUCCAGCUGGAACACAAGCACCAUCAUCUGAAGCUCCUGUAGUGACUGAAGCUCCUGUUGUGACUGAAGCUCCAGCUGGAACACAAGCACCAUCAUCUGAAGCUCCUGUUGUGACUGAAGCUCCACCUGGAACACAAGCACCAUCAUCUGAAGCUCCUGUUGUGACUGAAGCUCCUGCUGGAACACAAGCACCAUCAUCUGAAGCUCCUGUAGUGACUGAAGCUCCUGUUGUGACUGAAGCUCCUGUUGGAACACAAGCACCAUCAUCUGAAGCUCCUGUAGUGACUGAAGCUCCUGUUGUGACUGAAGCUCCAGCUGGAACACAAGCACCAUCAUCUGAAGCUCCUGUUGUGACUGAAGCUCCAGCUGGAACACAAGCACCAUCAUCUGAAGCUCCUGUUGUGACUGAAGCUCCUGCUGGAACACAAGCACCAUCAUCUGAAGCUCCUGUGGUGACUGAAGCUCCUGUUGUGACUGAAGCUCCUGCUGGAACACAAGCACCAUCAUCUGAAGCUCCUGUAGUGACUGAAGCUCCUGUUGUGACUGAAGCUCCUGCUGGAACACAAGCACCAUCAUCUGAAGCUCCUGUAGUGACUGAAGCUCCUGUUGUGACUGAAGCUCCUGCUGGAACACAAGCAUCAUCAUCUGAAGCUCCUGUAGUGACUGAAGCUCCUGUUGUGACUGAAGCUCCAGCUGGAACACAAGCACCAUCAUCUGAAGCUCCUGUUGUGACUGAAGCUCCAGCUGGAACACAAGCACCAUCAUCUGAAGCUCCUGUUGUGACUGAAGCUCCUGCUGGAACACAAGCACCAUCAUCUGAAGCUCCUGUGGUGACUGAAGCUCCUGUUGUGACUGAAGCUCCAGCUGGAACACAAGCACCAUCAUCUGAAGCUCCUGUUGUGACUGAAGCUCCUGCUGGAACACAAGCACCAUCAUCUGAAGCUCCUGUUGUGACUGAAGCUCCUGCUGGAACACAAGCACCAUCAUCUGAAGCUCCUGUGGUGACUGAAGCUCCUGUUGUGACUGAAGAUCCUGCUGGAACACAAGCACCAUCAUCUGAAGCUCCUGUAGUGACUGAAGCUCCUGUGGUGACUGAAGCACCGUCAACUUCUGGUGCUUCUGAACUUCCAACCUCUGAAGCUCCCCCAGUAACACAAACGGAGUCAUCUAUUGCACCAACAGAACAAACUGGCACAACUCAGGGACCAUCAUCUGAGCCUCUUGUAUCUAGUGUAUCGACAGUGCAACCAAAUCCCAAUACCGUGAAUCCGACCACUGCUUCUCCUGAUGUUACUGCUCCCCAAACUGAAUAUGUUAUCUAAACCUUUCAGUUUUUAGUCAUAGAAAACUGAUGCAUUAGAUGAUUGUAAAGUUGUAGAUAAUUAAAGUAGAAAGCAAGCAAUACAAUGAAGUUGUACCAUUUAA